CACUCAGAUGUGCAGCCAAACAUAUUAUCUCAGCUCUUUCCAAGACUAUACAUAUUCCCCGCUGCCUCCUCCUGGCUACGACGUACCAGAAAUCUAGGCCGCGCUUCUCACCCUUACAAUCUCACACAAUCGCCGCAAGUGCUUACUUUCUAGAACUCGGGGUAACGAUGCCGUCGCCGCCACCUCCAUGAGGAUCAGGCAGAGGACAGGGUUGUAUUGGCAGCAAUGGAGGAUCUUAGGCUGGUCUUCCCAUCCAUCCACUUCAAGCUAUCCUCCGAUACAAGACCGCCGGCCUUACAGGGCCAGCCUAUAAGAACGAUGUCGCGCGCAUUCAUCUUGUCCAUGCAGGUAAGGUUGAGUUCAAGGAAGUGUACAGGUGGUGUAAACAAGAGAACAACGUUUGAGGCCAGCAACCAUGUCUCGCACGAUCGACAAAGUGCCAGAUAAUGCUUCCUCGCAGAUGGUCAAACUCGUGGUCGCCAGCUGCAGUCGCACAGCAACACUCGGCGUCUACCAGGCCCUCAAGAUACUUGGCUAUAAACCGUACCACAUGUACGAGAUGGCCAUGUAUGGUGGGAACACCCACUGGGAGAUCAUGAUGCAAGGGUUCCGUGCCCAACACAACCGCUGGUCGGGCAUCCGGCGGUAUACCAAGCGAGAGUUCGACAAGUGGUUCGCGGGCUACGAUGCCUUGGUCGAAGUUCCCUCGUACUUCGACAUGGCGUGCCUAGAAGCAUACCUGCAGGACCCCGAAGUGAAAUUCAUCCUCACGGAGCGCACUCCGCAAAGUUGGGCCAGAUCAUUCAACAGCUUCAUCGGCAAUAUUGUGACCAAUAUCGAGUCACCACCGAUGAACAUUCUGCGACACUUCAACCGCACGCUGAACUACUUUUACCUCUUGAACGUCGAUGGCUACGACUUCUGGAGUGACUGCACGAGGCCCGGCGACCCCAACAACGAGGAAAACCUGAUGAGGAAUUACGAGCAUUAUAUCACCAACGUGAAGAGGUUGAUCCCGCCGGAGAGGAUCCUCGUCGUGAAAAUCGAGGAUGGGCUCGGAUGGGAACAGGUCUGUCCGUUCCUGGGCAAGCAGGUCCCCAAGGGAGUCGAGUACCCACGAGGAGUGGAGCACGAGGAUGUCAAAGACAAGAUGCUGGUGCCACUGGUGAGAAACGCGAUGAUGAAGCUGGCAUUGACUGUGAUGGUGCCGAUUGCCCUGGGAGGGACAGCGUGGUGGAAGUGGUCUGCAUCAAGGUGAAGAAGUAUGCCGCAGGGUGACUAGGUAGAUGCUGUUGAGAACAACCCUACCCAUAGAAAUGAUCGGAGAAGACCAACU